AACAGCUGGCAGACGAGGUAAGAAGGCAGAGGAGAGACACACUGAGACGACCUGCUCAACAAGAGAUGACCACACACUGUGCCAUAUAGACAGCAGACGCACAUUAAACGCAGCUGCAGGUGUAACCACAAACGGAGGAAAUGAACCUGACAAACAGCACACAGAGCAACUUUGAUAACUGUUCAUCCAUCGAUGACUUCCGUAACCAGGUCUACUCCACAGCCUACUCCCUCAUCACUGUGCUAGGCCUGGUUGGGAAUGGCCUGGCGCUGGCGGUGCUGAUCCGAACAUACCAGAGCAGCAUGCCCUUUCACGUCUACAUGCUGAACCUGGCUGUGUCUGAUUUGUUGUGUGUUAUGACACUGCCACUGCGAGUUCUCUACUAUGUCAACAAGGGCCAGUGGAACUAUGGAGACUUCCUUUGCCGCAUCAGCUCCUACACCCUCUAUGUAAACCUCUACUGCAGCAUUUAUUUCAUGGCUGCUAUGUCUGUCACACGUUUCUUGGCCAUUGUGUACCCUGUGCAGAACCUGCGGCUGGUGACCGAGAACCGUGCACGCCUGGUGUGUGGGGGCAUCUGGCUGUUUAUUUGUGUUUCAUCCUCUCCUUUCUUGAUGUCUGGCCAGGAUUUUGACCCCCUUACAAAUAAAACGAAGUGCUUUGAACCUCCACCACCUGACGGUUUGGACAGGUUAAUCAUUCUGAACUAUGUGUCUCUAACAAUAUUCUUUGUUCUGCCCUUCCUGAUAAUCCUGCUCUGCUAUGCUGGCAUCGUCCACACCCUGCUGACUCGUUCCCACGUGGCCAGACGCCAGCAGGGCAUGGGCAGCAGAGCCAUCCGCAUGAUUGUCAUUGUCCUCCUGACCUUCCUCAUCAGCUUCUUGCCUUACCAUGUGCAGCGUACUAUCCACCUGAGCUUCCUGUCUCGGGAGGGCACUAACUGCGCAGAGACGAUCGCCAUGCAGAAGUCUGUGGUGGUGACACUGUGCCUCGCUGCUGCCAAUUCAUGCUUUGACCCACUGCUUUAUUUUUUCUCUGGAGAGGCUUUCCGCAACCGCUUGUCUUCCCUGCGCCGGUCAAUGAAGGGCAGUGCCAUGCACCAUUCAGCCAGGCUGAAACGUGCCAUGGGCACAGAGCCUGGGGAGAACCACCAGAUGAAGGCCAGUUAAUUCACACAGAACUGCAGGAUGACCUCUGCCCUCAUUUGGACUCAGGGAAGGAAAAAGAAGAUUAAAGUCAAAACAAACAAACAAGGGCCAGUUUACUCAUUAACAGAGUAUUCAAAUAUUUCAGUCACAACCCUCAGGAAGAUGUUCUCAAGUAAAUGGGAUAUUUAUUGUUCACACUGUUCAGUGUUUAUGUGAUGCUGUUCUCCAUUAUUAUUAGGACAGUAACCAGUAGCAUGUUACUCAAAUUGUGGAAUCAAAAAUACAAGUAUACAGUAUAUCAGUGUAUGAAUCUAAAUGUCUUUUUAUGUGGAUUGUCUUCAAGAAGCUUGAGUGUUGUGAAUGCUUACUGAGGAGAAAUAACUCUGCCUCAAUUUGCCUUCUGUAGUCAAACUUUUCCUCAUAACGCUCAGCAGAAAAACAAAUAACCUCCUAAAACCCACCUAUCACUUUAAACA